UGGCAAAAUUACAUUCCAAUGAAUAAACUGUUGCGCCCAACACUGCUACCACAACGACACCGAUACUAUCAUUUCGUACUCGACCACCACAAUCAUUAUUAUCAUCGUCAAGAAACAUUUGCGAUUAUAAUGAUGGUGUAGCAAUACCAUGACCAUCAUUUUCUCUUAAAAAAAUGGUACAGGUGGUAGUAUAAAAGCAAUGAACAUUUCAAUCUUUGUCUUAAAAAAAAAGAAAAAACUAAGUAAUUGAAGAAACCAGUCCAUCCUAUUCAACCUUUUAUAUUUCGUAAAAGCAGAACAGCACAUCGAUUACCUGUAUAUACCACUAGGUUACUUCAAGCCGCCGACCUGUAAAGAAAAGAAACGACCACUUGUUCACGCUGAUUGAUUUGCUCCCAUUUAUGAAUAAGGCCAUACGAGCAAAAAGAAUUCAUAUCAAAAUAAUCUCAACUUUUACAACAUCAUUAUUAUUAUAAUCAAUAAGAUACAUUUGUACGAAUAUAAUAAGAAAAUUAAAAUUCAUUCAUCAAAUAUUUAAAUUCUACUGCAUCAUAUUUGGGAUUGUCGAUUUUUUUCUUUUGAAAUAUAUUCUUUUGUUUGGAUCCUUACAUAGAUGUGGCAGUGAUGAUGGCUUCUUCGUCAUUAGCAUCAAAUUCACCAUCCUCAUCCGGUGCUUCUAGUGGCCCCAUUUCAGUAAAUAUGACCUCCAGUGGUCCGAAUCUUUCAUCAACGACAUCAGCAUCUUCGUGGUCAUUCUUUGAUUUUUUAAUGAAAAAAUAUGAUCUCAUAAAUACAUCAGAAUUUAUUGAUCUUAUUCGUAAUCGACAACAACAAACGCACAAUAAUGAACCAUUAAUAUCAGAUGAUGAUAAAUUAGAUUUAAUGAGACAGGUACUGCGCCGGGAAAUUCGACGUGAAUUGAAAAUUCAAGAAGGCGCUGAUAAACUUCGUCGUGCAUCAACUGACCGAAAAGCCUGGUCUAACGUAGAUAAAAUGAUAAAAAGCUCAAAUUGUAAACUUCAAGAGCUAAACGAUGACUUAGCAGAAUUGGAGCGUUUUAUGGUAGAAUAUCAUAGUGGAUCAUCGAGUAAUAAAAAAAUUAAUAAUAAUCAGUAUAACAAUGCUAUGUAUACGCAUAGCAUCCAUAAUAAUUCCAUGAUGUUGCUACAACAUCAAAAUUCAAAUAGCCAAACAUCAUCCGAUAGCCGUGAGGAUUAUGCUCCUUUAAAUGUUGAUUAUGAAGGCAUUGGAAUGUUAGAUAUGAAUUUAUCCGAUAUAACAACUAGUCAACAAUCAAAACCAAAGAUAUUGUCAUCAGAAGCCGAAUCAAAUCUCAAACAUCAACAACUAAUCGAUCAACUUCAAGAACAAUUGGAGACAUUUGAAAAACGAAUUAGUAUUGAACAAAAAGUAAAACAAGGUGCUGAAAAUAUGAUUGAAACUUUAGCUUCAUCGUCUGGACAAAAUCGAUCGGAUCAAAAACGUUCAAAAGUUCUUGCUGACCAAGCACAAUUAAUGUAUGAAGAAUCAAAAACUCGUAUCGAGUAUAUUCGUAUGCAAAUUGUUCGUGUUAAAAGUGAGAUUCAAAAUCUGCGACAACAACAAGAAGCUUUAAUGGAAAAUCGUUCUGCUAAUUUGUUGGGCAAGAAUCAAAAUGAUAAUCUUUCACAUCCAUCUUUGGAUCUUCGAAUCGAAGAACUUCGAUAUCGUUUACGUGUCGAAUGUGCUGUUGUUGAAGGAGCAAAAAAUGCUAUUAGAUCUUUAUCAAAAACUUCGAGUGAUAAACUAUUGCACGAAGCUCAAUCAUCGAUGCUGGAAUCUUCACAAAAAGUCGAUAUUUUGCGCAAAGCUUUAGAUAUAUGUCGUUCCAAUUUACCGGCAAAUUCUCCCAAAGCUCAACUAUUGAAACAGGAAUUGGAAUCCAGUCAAUCAGCUAAUUCGUUGCUGAAUUCCCCUACUAUUGUUUUGGCUACCAGUUCCGAUUAUGUAGCAUCGUUCCGUAAUGACAGCCAAAAUUCUGCAAACGGUUGUGGUUCUAUUGGAUCUGCAUCAUCCGCUGUUUCGUUCAUGUCUAAACCGGCUGCUGUUACUGGCAAAUUAGAAGUACGUUUACUUGGCUGUAAGAAUCUAUUGGAAGAAAUACCUGGCCGUUCAAGAUACAAAGAAAAGGAUAACUCUGGUUCAAUAGAUUUGAAAAAUUUUGUUCGAUCUAAAGGUUUAGGUCGAACUUCAUCAAAAUGCUAUUCAAUUAAAGAGGAGAUUUCUAACGAGAUAAUGGCCUUGUUAAAAUUAGAUAAUGUCACUGUCUCACAGACAAGUUGGCGACAAUGUAGUCAAGAAGCGUGGGAUCAGCGUUUUACAUUUGAUCUGGAUCGUUGUAAAGAACUUGAAAUACAGAUACAUUGGCAUGAUUGGCGUUCAUUAUGUGCAUUAAAGUUUAUACGACUUGAAGAAUUUAUUGACAAUCAUCGACAUGGAAUACCUAUUCCAUUGGAACCAUGUGGAAUAUUAUUUGCUGAAUUUCGUUUCUUCAAUCCAACUCUAAUUACGCCACGAUCAAAAGGUCUAAAACGACAAAAAUUGUUUCGUCAAAAAGGAACAGAUACAAAUUUCUUACGACCUAAUCAAAUGAACAUGACAGUAGCUGCGUGGGGUCGAUUUUUGAAACGAGCUUUUCCAUCUACAGCACCUACCACACAACAACAACUUUUGCAUUCGCAACAACAGCCUCAAAUUUCGUCUGUAGUCACAUCUCUUGCAACAAGCGCACCAGAAUCAUUAACUUCAAUUUCCAAUCUUGAACAAUCAUCAUCAUCGACGGUUGUUCCUAUAUCUAUGGUUGGUGGAAUAUUAGCCUCAAACGAACAACCUCAACCAUAUCAAAACAUUACAAACAAAUCAUCGACACCCCCACAAUCGACAAAAUCAUCAGCACCACAAAGUACGCGUUCAUCUUUUGAAGAACAUUCGGUAUCUUCAACAUCCUCAUCAUCAUCUUCAUCAACAGCUUAUCCAAAUAAUAAGGAUAUCCGUUCACUUAUUAAUGAUAUACUUACCAAACCAUUAGAUACAAUUUCCGUUAAAAGUAUUUCACGUGAGUCAUCACAAGAUCCAUCUGGUUCUUCAUCAAAUUUACUGUCCAUAAAUUUGGAACCAAUUAUCAAAGAACCAUCACCCGAACAACAACAACAACAACAACAGGUUAAAACUCCAUCCACAUCAUCAUCAAUUAACAAAUUUAGUGAUAAUAGUACCAUUUCAAUUGGAGAAAUUUCAACAACUUCUUUGACGACAGCUGCAACAACGGCACCACAUACCGCCCCUUCUGUAACUAGUCCAUCAGAAUUAAAUAUAUCUUCUUUGAAGAUUCAUAGUUCACCAUCGACAACUUCAACAUCAUCAACGAUAACUUCCGUGUCGUCCUUAGUUCCACCAAUAAUUGAUAAUAUUAAGUCUUUUGAUGGUGAAUUCACAUCCAUUCAACGGCAACAUUCAACACCAGAUUCACCCGAAGGUUAUCAAUUGCCGGUGUUCCCGAAAUCUCGAAAUCAUCAGCAACCACAACCGCCACCGAAACCAAUUCUUUGUAAUAAAUCACCGAUGACACGAAAAUCGCUUACACCAUCAACAAAAAUAAUUUCAUUGAAUGAUUUUGAGUUGAUUGCUGUACUUGGCCGAGGUCAUUUUGGCAAAGUUUUGCUUGGAAAAUAUAAACGUACAAAAAAUUAUUUCGCCAUUAAAGCACUUAAAAAAAGUGACAUUAUUGCUCGUGAUGAGAUUGAAUCGUUAUUGUCAGAGAAACGAAUUUUCGAAACGGUGACAGCUGUGCGUCAUCCAUUUCUUGUUAAUUUGUUCGCUUGUUUUCAAACAUCCCAACAUGUUUGCUUUGUAAUGGAAUAUGCAUGCGGUGGUGACCUAAUGAUGCACAUUCAUGAUCAAGUGUUUAAUGAACCUCGGACCAUUUUCUAUGCAAGUUGUGUCCUAUUGGGUUUGGAAUUUCUACAUAAAAAUCUUAUUGUCUACAGAGAUCUUAAACUUGACAAUCUCCUACUCGAUCAAGAAGGCUAUGUGAAAAUUGCUGAUUUUGGCCUGUGUAAAUUAGGUAUCGGUUAUGGUGAUCGUACAGGUACAUUUUGUGGUACACCAGAAUUUCUUGCACCCGAAGUAUUGACCGAAAAUACUUAUACACGAUCAGUUGAUUGGUGGGGAUUCGGUGUUUUGAUCUUUGAAAUGUUAGUCGGAGAGUCACCAUUUCCUGGCGAUGAUGAGGAAGAAGUGUUUGAUUCGAUUGUUAAUGAAGAAGUUAAAUAUCCAAAAUUUUUAUCACUUGAAGCCGUAUCUUUGAUGCGUAGGCUGCUGAAAAAGGCACCUGAAAAGCGUCUGGGAUCAUCGGAACGUGAUGCUGAAGAUGUCAAGCGGCAAUCGUUCUUUCGAAACAUGAAUUUUGAAAAUUUAUUACAGAAAAAAAUUCGUCCUCCAUUCGUACCGAAAGUGAGAUCAAUGGAAGAUGUUUCCAAUUUUGAUUAUGAAUUUACAUCUGAACGGCCACAAUUAACGCCAUCGAAAGAACAAAGGCCUAUAUCUACCGAAGAUCAACAACAAUUUCGUGAUUUUGAUUAUUUUAGCGAAUUAUGGGCAGCUAAAAUAUGUGGUACCGAUCUAUAAUUUAUAAACGAAUGCUGCUAUUUCUGAAAAUAUGUGAUACAUACACUCAAUUCUGUCUAAUUGACGUACCGCACAAAUCGUUUUAUCUGACAAUCAUUUAUUUUUAUUCAAUUCAAUCCGUUAUUUGUAUCUAAAUCUGUGAUCAUCACAUCAUGAAUAACGAUGGGCUGCUUCACUGGACAAAUCUUGGCUUCCACUACAACUUGUUUUUAAACAAAUUAAAACUUCACAUCUAUACGUGCAGAAUUUUAUGAUUUCUAUAGCUCAUGCACACCUAGUUUUUAAUAAAUGCAUUUAUUUUAUGUAAUAUUUGUUUGUUAUUAAAACAAAUUAAAAAAUUCUCCAUAAACCAACACUAUUUUUCAUCUGAUU